AUGUCGAAACGACCACGGACCUUGGACGCCUUUUUCACGCCGCCAGCAAAGCGUGCUCGUCACGAGAAAACAGCCAACAGCGAAGCUACCACCGAUACGUCCGGCAGUGAUCCGACAAAGGCGUCUCACCAUGCGACAUACCCUUAUGCUAUUUCCCAUCUACCGCCUAACGUUAGCGAGAUCCUCAACCUCGCACCCAGUACGGAACCACGUGUGAUUAAUGAUCGGACCGAUCUUGAUUUGGUGUACUACCAGCCAUUUGUGCCAAAGGAAAUUACCAAAGAUCUGUUCGAGUUUUUGAGGCGUGAAUUGUUCUUCUACCGGGUCAAGUAUACCAUCAAACGUGGACCAGUCGAAACGAACAUCACCACACCACGAUUCACCACAGUCUUCGGUCUCGAUGAGACUGCCAGAUUUGGAGGCGACGAGUUACCUGUCGAUAGUGCCAGUGGUAAAGCUCUUCCGAAAGAUGCAUACAACUGCAAGCCAAGGCCCAUUCCACAGUGCUUGGAUUUGCUACGAACCUUGACAGAGAAUGCAACGGGCUGCACAUUCAAUUUCUGUCUCGUCAAUUAUUACUCCACGGGGCAGGACAGUAUCAGCUAUCAUUCUGACGAUGAGCGCUUCUUAGGCGUCGAGCCAGCCAUCGCCUCUUUUACCUUGGGAGCGAAGAGAGAUUUUCUUCUGAAACACAAGCCUACACCAGAAGGCCAUGCAUCCGAGACCCAGCCCUUGAAACUUCCUUUGGGAAGUGGUGAUAUGUUGCUCAUGAAAGGCCUCACACAGAGCAAGUGGUUGCAUAGUAUACCCAAGCGCAAAGGUGGCGAGGCCGAUAAAGGUCGCAUCAACAUCACCUUUCGUCGUGCUAUGGUACGAGGAGGUACGGACAACUACUACCAUUAUAAUGUAAAUUCAGGCGAGCUAUACAAAUGGAACGAGUUGUCGCGGAAGAUGCUGCCAUGGAUGCAUACCAUGGACGCAUGA